GGAUUUUGUAUAAUGGCGGGCACAGCUGAGAAAAACGAAGCAUGCAUUUCUUGCUGCAAAUGUUCCCUGGAAUACCUCAGUGCUGCUUGUAACAGGACACCGUUGUGUGUGGAUUGGGGAAGGAACGGAUGGGUGGCUUACGGUGCUUGUCAUUCCAUUGCUUUGUGGCUUCCAAAGGUUCGUUCUUUAAACACUGUACUAAUGUUUGUAUGUUGUCUCCUUGUUCCACGUGCAUUGAUGGCGAUGAACUCACUGCUUUAGUUUCUGCUCUAACUGUUACCUUAAUAUCCUUUAAAAAUCAAUUUCUCUUAGUUAUCCUGUAUUCAGCUUUUACAUAUUGAGAGGGGCAGAACAUUUAUUUCGUCUGCGCAAAUUCAGAGCUGUUAUUAUUAAAAUGAUAAACAUCUGCAGGUUCGAAGGCCGAUUAGCACUUAACCCGGGGUUAAAUGUAACCCGGGUUUCUUUUUCUUGUGUUCAAAUGCGUUUUCUCGGAUAAUUUUCUCUGUUAUUUUUAGAGCUUCCAAUUAUCAACUUGUAGACAAAAAGAAUUAAAAUUGAAAUGCUUUUUAAGCUUUCAAAUCUGAAUUCAAAUCUCGCACUAACCCUGGGUUAUCUUAACCCAGCUUUGAACAACUCGGCCCUGUACAGUGUACAUGUGGCAAAUCGUCCAAAAGUCAUCUCGCCCAAAGUUAUAUCGUGCGUAAUUUAGUGAGCUAUUAACCUACACAGUGAUGCAGUCACUGUUUUUCCAGGCUUAUUCCAUUUUCAGGGUCAAAGGACGGCAUAGGUUCACGGCUAUGUGUCUCAGGUGUCUGCGUGCAAAUUAACUGUUUGGGUGAGAUGUCUUGUGGGCGACUUACUUGCUAGACAGAUAGCAAUCUGCAGAUCAGCCUGCCAAGAUUGCAAUCUGCAGAUAAGUUUAAGUUGGUUUUAAAUCACUGUUUUCAUGCAUAACAGUCAACUUUGUUCUUUCACUUUCUUUAGAGAGCCUUUCCACAUGGGAGUGUAAAGUAUAUUCUAAAUGGACAUAAGGAUAGGGUUAACUGUGUCAAGUGGAUUCCUCAUCCAGUGUUAGGUAAGAUGGGUAAUACCUAAGACAUUAUACGAUCAUGCAUAAUCUUAAGGUGUAUACAGUAGCACCCAAGUAGCCUCCAGGCUGUCACUAAGAUUUUAAUUUGCUGGGUAAAUACAACACAUGGGCGGGGAAUCAAACAGCUAGGGGUUUCUUCUGGUUCUAAUUUUUUUCUUUUUUCCUUUAAAAGUACCCGGGGGAAAUCCCCGGCCCCUGCCUCUUAAUGACAGCCCUGAACAUCAAACUUGGAUAACUUGAACCCAUCUCCCCCCCAGCUAAGGUCUGGAAAUGGGGGUCCUUAUAUCCCCCAUUCUCGCUCCUUCUUAACGAAAAUCCUUCAUCCCGCACUUUUUUUUUGCGCUUUCCCGAAUCCCCUUUUUUCUACAUAAGUUCAAAAAUUCUAAUUUCUGCAAAAACUAAUAAAUGUAAGAUGUAGAUUGGUCCUUAGAUUAGUUAUACCUCAGUGUGACGAAGCAGAGGGAAAAAAAGGAAGAAGCAACAAGGAACAGAGGAAGGGUUCUUGCCCCUCAUUCCCUAACCUCACUCCGUAGCUAUUUUUUUCCUGCUACUUUUCUUUGCACCCCCUUGCUAUCUGAAUGCCUGGAGCAGGCUAUUCUGGUGCUAGAAGACUCCUCUGUGACCGCAAUAAAGAAGGACAUCAAAACUUUUACCAUCUGGUUCAAGGGAGCAGAGUUGAGAUCAUUCUUAAAUUUAACUGAUCAAAUAAUUUUCUUCAAGAGUUACAAUAAAUUGUAAGAAGUUUGGGCAAUUACUGGUAUGCGAGAACCAUCAGCCCAAUUGCCUGUCAUGCAGUUGAAUGUGUUGGUUCAUCUGUUGAUAACUUGACAGCCUAGGUCAUUUUAUAGUUUGCUUUGAUAGGAGACACCACUGAACAUUUGCCUGGUUGAUUCGCAUUUGCCACUGUUAAAUUGUCUUACAAUUAUUUUCCUGAAUUCCUGACAGACAGGCAAAAAAAUCCCGCAUCCAGUGCCUAAAUUUUGGUGAAUCCCUCUGCGUUGGUAGCAGUCAAAAUAAUAAUCCCAUUUCCUGUCAAGAUAUUUUGCCUUCGACUGAAUCCCGCACAAUAUUUUGGUCAAAUUCCAGAUCCCAAAAAUACCCUUCCAUUUUGCAAUAAACUCAAUAUACGUGAUCUUGAAUUCUCACAUCCCCCUUUUUGUUCUUUUCACUUUCAGAUGAUGAAUAUGAGUUAAUUUCAGGUUCAACAGAUAAAACAGUGAUUGUUUGGCAGAGGAAAACUACUGAAGACUAUCAAGUAUGCGGAGUGUAUCCAAUACUAUUAUUUUUUAUUUGAGAUCAGUUCAUUGAUUUUUUUGUCAAAUGACUUUUUAUUGGAUAAUUUACAAAUGUACAUGUAUGUAAGGAAAUGCCAAUAUUAUCAACAAGUGGGCACUUGUACACUGUUCUCUGGACUUAAGACAACAAUCCAUGAUACAUAUACACCAACUUGAUCAGUGUCAUCAUCUGAAACUUUUACAGUCUUAUGACAUGUACAGAAUGCCACUAAAAAUGGUAUACACAUGUACAUGUAUUUUUCAUAGUUGACACUCGUGAACAUGUGUACACAUAAUAUUAUGUGUUACAGGUCAAAAUUAAAUUCAGGUUAAAAUUUUUUAACCUAGUAGGUUGAUUCUCAAUUUUUUUUGUCUGUAACAGAUGCAUCCUAUUUUUUUAAAACCCAUUAUGACUACACUGGGGGAAUAUUGGCCCAAGGUCUUAAAAUACUGUACAUUUACAUGCAUAAUGGACCUAGCUAAUAUUCUGAGUAAAGCUAACUUUUUCUACUAGAGAACUGGCCAACAUGGCUUUCAGUUGUUCCUGAGAGACAAUUUAAUUCACUUUCUCUUACUGUUUAAUAAGAGCUUUUAUGCUGUUGGUGAAAAAAAAAAAACUUGAUUUCUCUGGACAGCAGCAAGCAAACAACAAAUGACACAAGUUAACACAAAGUUAACAUACUAUAGCUACAACCGCGGACAAAACCUGUUGAGACAAAUCGCGAAAAUGCCUAUUUUUCCCUGUCAUCCCAGCAAAAACUGAAACCUCCGCCAACUGAAUGCCCGAUUUCCCCCCUCCCCUUAUCCAAAGUUGUUUAGGAUAGCAUGGCAAUUAUACGUGCUGGUUUUUAAUAGGGGGUGGGGAGGGGGUUUACUUUUUGUCUUUAGGGGAGACGGGAGGAGGGCGCAAAAGUUUAAUAGAAAAUAGAUGGAAUUGUCUCAACAGUUUUGUCCGGGGUUGUAGGUACUGCAGUUGUAAUCUCAACUUGAUACAAGUACAUUCCAACCAAUAUCAUAAAUUUAAUGGCUCUUGGACAGUCUGGGCUGCCUGUGACCUGAGAUGCAUGAAAGCAUAAUAGUCCUUAGAGUGUCUGGCAUGAGAGAUGACUACAAUGUGUAACCCUACCUGUCUGUGUGCUUAUGCUUUACAUAGUGGAAAAUGUGUGCUAUUCUGGAAGGCCAUGAGGGAGCUGUUAAUUCUGUGGCUGCCAUGACCAUACAAGUAUCCAACAACAAUGCUGAUAUGAAAACAAUCAUAGUUUCAGCAUCUGCUGACUCAUCUGUUAGGAUAUGGGAAAGAAUAGGAUCUGGAGGUAUGAUCACAAUGAAGGUUUGACCUAGCCUGUAAAAUAGGCACCGCGAUUUUUUUGCAUUCUUCUGACAGGGAAGGCCCUCUCUUUUCAUGCAUGGUCUCUCACUCCAUGCCUACUUCUUACUUCGCUUGCUGGACAAACUCCAAAAAAAGCCUUUGUUCUGCAGGCAGCUAGGUUAGAUCUUACUUGCUGGGAGUUGCUUAGUAAUCAGAAUAAACAUAAUGUGCAUUGUACUCUUUCUACUCUGGUUAACUUCCAUGCAAUUAUUGUAUUUUGCAGAUAAGUUUACUUGUUCACAGACACUCUCUUUUGGCAAAGGAUUUAUACUAGCAGUGGCAGUUUCCAUUCUUCCUGGAACUGUUGGUAAGUAGUACACAAUCAUGUACUUGCCCUCUGUAAUAUUAUCAAACAUUCUGUCAGUUAUGAAAUAAUUUUUCUUUUCAGAAUUGACAAAUUUUGUCUCUGCUACAUGUACAUUGUUACAGGUCAAAUUUGAUUUCAGCUUAAUUAAUUUUUGAUUUAACCCAGGUUGAUUCUAAUUUCCAUGACAUUUGUCUUCUGGCCCUAAAAGACAAAGGAACUGUAAAUCAACCUACUGCUGUAGGUUAAAUCAAAAUUGACCUCAGUGAAAUAAGAUUUGACCUGUAACAUAUACAACAUGUAGUUAACAUUAUAUUAUUGUUACUAUUAUUUUGUUUUUGUUUAGUUCCAGUAAUUGCAUGUGGGGGAGAAGACAGCAAAGUUCACCUGUUCACACAAAAAUAUGAUAAGGUACCUGUUUUGUGAACCUUAGAGAUUAUAUGGAAUUAAUGUUUGUUUUAGCUGUAAAUACCUGGUACAGUUGAUAUAUGAUGGCCCAUGUUUAUAAUUUGUUCACAAAGAAAAUCUGUUGCAUGUUUACUGGCUGGCAUGAUCAUUUAUCAGUUAACUAAAAAUCAUGCCAUAAAAAUUAGUGAUGAUGUCACAGAGACAAGAAGAAGUAAAAUCCUGCUUUACACCCCUCAAACCCUGCUUAAGGGACACCCACUUAGACACCUCAUUAUUACAGACAGUGCACUUACAGCCUUACAAACAUUCUUACUAUAUUAUUGUACAUGUUUAAAAUGGACACCCCGGCCCACUAACAUUGUCCCCUUAGUGUCCUUGUUAACGGGGUUCAACUGUUCAUCACAGAUCAAGUUUAAUAAUUAUAUAUAAUUAAUGAUAAUGAUAAUAAUAAUGAUUAUAGUUAUAAUGACUACAACAAUUACAAAAAUUUGGAUAAUGAUAAUGUUAAGAAUAAAAAUGUGAUCACUAUUACAGACUUAAUAUAUAAAAAUGUAUUAUUAAGAAUUGUGUACCGGAGGGUCUAUUUAAUUAUGUUUAUUUUAACUUGAGUACAAUUAUGAAUAAUUAUUCUUUCCCUGUCAUUUUGGUGUAGUUUGUAAAAGUUCAGAGCUUAUUAGGACACGAAGACUGGAUAAGAGGUGUUGAGUUUACAAAAGAAGGUUAGUGACAUGGCUGCGCUGACAUCAGGGUUGGAAACUAAAAAUUAUUUUGGAGCACUCGCCAACUAGGCGAGUGACAUUCAAAUUGUACUCGCCCAGCCUCCUCUGUAAAAAAAAAAACAACAACAACAUCAACAACUUCAACAACAAAAAACAACAACACUCACUGCAUAGAAGUUCACUCACCAUUGUGCCCUGAAAUGGACCUUAAUUCCAAACAAAAAGGAAACAGCAGUGAACUUACCUCAAACAGAAGUGUUGAAAAUAGAGCUACAUAGCUACAUUGUAUACUGUUACUUUGUUAGAUGCCCUGUUUGUUGAAAACUCCCAGAAGUGUCAAAUGCCCCAGCCUCCCUCCUAUCCACCUGCCGUCUUAAAAAUUAGCAACAGCCCUGCAUUGCCUUUAUUGGCUUGCAUUUUAAUCCCGAGUUAUGUACAUUUACUACAGAUGAAAAGACUUCUUUUUCUCUUUUCAGAUCGUGGUGACCUUCUUCUUGCAAGCUGUGCUCAGGAUACAUUCAUACGAAUCUGGAGAGUUUCUUCUGAUAACAAAGUACAAGAAGCUGAACCUGAAAUCUUGUGUGAUAAGAUGCCUGAGCUAAAACUGACAUCUAAUAUUUUCUCUGUUGCUGAUAAAGGUGUGAUAACUAAUACUUAUUUUAAUAAUUUAGCACAGUAUACAGUGUACAUGUAUUCAAUAUGUUUGUAAUAAUUUUUCAUUAUUGUCUAGUUGUCACUAAAGAUAACUUAUAUUUACAGCAGUUUUCUUAAAAAAAUGAACUUUUAAUUGACAGGAUUAGAAAGAGAAUUUUCAGUAGUGUUGGAAUCAGUAUUAACAGGACAUGAAGGCUGGAUUUAUGGUGUUCAUUGGCAUCCUGUUGUCAGGAAAGGUAACUAAACCCUCUGAUUUACUGAUUAUUAAUAAAUAUUAUUAGAAAUUGCCACUUAGUCAAAAUUUUUUUGACAUUGGUUUGCCCCUUUUUUCUACAAAUUGUUUCCGAUGGGUAUCAGACAUAGAACGUUCAAAAUCCGAGGUGUUUUGGAAUUAAAUGGCAUCACGCAAUCACUUAGAGUACGUGAGUGACACUUUUCAAAUUCACUACUCCGCAUCAAGACUUUUAAAUGUUAAUGGUUCAAUUCUAUGUAAUAGUCCCAUCAAAGUUUUCAAUGUUUUAUUUAGUAUGCAAUUAUAAUUAUAAUUAUAAUUAAAUAAGUAUUGUCAAAAAUACUUUAUUGAUUUACAACAGUAGCAGGAUCUAAAUGUUUUAAGUUUCCUGACAUAUUAUUACUACUUCUAAGAGUGCCUUUAGCUUUUUUCCUUGGCAUUUGGUUUAGUCUGUUUUCUAAUCCUUCCUGUGGUACAUGUACAUGUAUAUUGAAAUUUGUCGUUAUUUAUUAAUAAAUUAUUAUAUUUUGAUGUCAGAUGAUGGAUCCAUCACACAGCCAAUGUCACUGCUCACAGCAUCAAUGGAUAAAACAUUAAUAGUGAUGGACUGUACAGUUUUUAAAAUAAAAGGAGGAUUCUGGUGUGUGGUUAGAAAAGCCAUAUACAUGUGUUUUGCAAUAUAAUGUCUAGUUUCUGCUGGAUGAUGAGGGAAUCAAGAUAAUAAUAUAACCCACAAUUGAAAGCUAAGAAAAAAACACAUGGACCAUCAUGUCCCACAUUGGUCCCGGAAGAAAAAGUUCUCUUUUUUUAAAAUAAAACCAAAGCUUUUUUUUUGACCUUUAUCUUUCUGUUCAAAAUAUGAGUUGGGAAAAAUGGACCAUCUUUGCACAUUGGUCCCACAACUAAAUGAUAAACCCUUUAUUUACCAAGCUUUUUUGGCCAAGAUGACUGCAUGACCUUAGCCUCAAUCUUUCGGUUCAUAAAAAUGCAAAAAAUCAAUGAAUAAAUCAAUCAAUCAAUAAAUAAUUAAAAUAAACUCAUCACCAGACAUCAAAAAGCUUGCUCAAAAGCACCAUAUGGUUUUUUAUUAAAUAAAGGGGACAAUGUGGAAAACCUUCCCAGCAAGGAAUGUCCACUGAUUUUAUAAAUGGCUGAUGCUAGAAGACUGUGAAAAAACUAACAAACCCUACAAUGUAGUUUCAACAAUGUAUAAAUUAUAAAUCCCCUGUAGGUUCGUGUUGGUGAGGUUGGUGGUACCACCCUUGGUUUUUAUGGUGGCGUGUUUAGUCCUGAUGGUCACUCUAUCUUGGGUCAUGGCUACCAAGGAGCAUUUCAUUUAUGGAACAAUGUCACUCAUGAGGUACAAUAACUGUUCUUGUAUGUUGAUUAAUCUAUUAGCAUGGUAAUUUCAGUGUUAGUGGAGUGAAGAAAUAUUUAUCAGAAGUGACUUUGAAUUUUUCAAAGUUUUGUCUUUGUUGGAGUUCGUCUCUAGAAUGCAUUAGUGUGUACUUGUAUUAAGUGGUGCGAGACUGGUUGUAAUUUUUGAAUUUGUUGCUAAUUGUUAGAGUGAGAGCAGAUGGGAACCAGGAGUGGCUGUCAGUGGACACUUUGGGCCUGUUCAGGUGUGGUGAUGACAAUCUUAGUUAAAUACUAAUUAUAAUAGUUUAUUAUUUUUGAAUUGUAAACAAGUUUAAGCAGAACAAGUUACUUAUGUUAACAACAGGGUAAGAGUAAGAGUACAAAAUAAUGUUGGAUUUUUGGUCAGCUUUUUGUCCCCAGAACUCUCAAUCACACCUGUACCAAUCUUUUGGCAUGUAUAGGUGCUGAAAAAGACUAAAAGGAAUUAGGGUGUGAUUAUGUUUUUUUUUUUGUUUCGUUCAUACACAUGUAUAGCGUAAGAAAUCUGAUUGUUAAUAAAAAUCUGUACAAUGUACCUACAUCUACGUGUCCGUAAUUUCCUACCCUUUGUCCAAGCUAAACCACUGUAACCUUUUCACUUCUAUAAAUUCACAGAAAGUCCAGAAAGUUUUUGAGAAAUCCUUAGAAAUAAAUAAUAUAAAAUGUACAUGUAGCACCACGCAAACAAUUCUGUCAAAGAGGUUUUAUUUGAGUAGUUAAACCAAAGGAUUUUUCUCACCAGUUUAAAAGUGAGUGUGACACAAUUAUUAUCAUCGUGCCACACUUGGUCUGGGCGUAAAAGGGAUAUUAGUGAGUGCUCAAGUCAGUCUAUAUUUAUUAAUUUUAUUGUAGGAUAUUGACUGGGAUCCUGUUGAUGGACAGUUUCUUGUGAGUGUUAGCAGUGAUCAGACUACACGAUUACACGCUGCUUGGAAACAAGAUGGAUUACAGGUACAUGUAAAUAUAGUGGUACUCUCCAAAUGACCACAUUCCAGUCAAACAAAUGUCCCAGAUCUAACGUGCCAGUAACCAGUUGUUUCUUCUAUUGGCAAAUGCACUCCUAAGAGACCAGACAUUGUCCCUUUGAGAAGUUACAACGAAUGAUUCACCCCAUGCUAUAGGUCUAGCGUCAAACACCCUGCCCGAACCAACAACCAGGGUGUUUAAAAAACUGGUAAGACCAUGCUGGCUGUGAUUUAAGAUCUUGUCUCAGUUCAGAGGAUCGCGUCAUUGGGCGGUGACUUGAAGCCGUUAGCCUUGUCUCGUUCCUCCCUCUUUCUUUGGUCAAAUCAAAGGGGACGUAAAAGACCCCAUACUACUCUUCGAAAAGAGUAGGGACGUUUCCCUGGUGGUGUGGUCCACCUUGCACGUACAAUUCGUAUUAUGAGCUGGGUGCGGGUGGGUUACAUUGAGCUCAUAGAUGAACUGAUAGCGGCUGCCAGUGGCGCUCUUGUGUGCUGACGUCCGAGCUUACUGUUAGCAUGUAAACAUUAUUAUAUUGUCAGGAAGACACGCCUGUUACCUUCUCAUUCAUGGCAUAUCACUCAUACAAAAUACAUACCUUCUCACAACUGGAAGUGAUAACAUCAUUAGUUAUGUGCCACUUUCCAACCAAACACAGUAGUCAGAGCGUUGAUGUGUAUUGGACCUUUUAGUGGUUACCUUUUAGUGGUUAAAGUAUAGCAGUAUAUUGUGAAAUAACAAUGAGCUGCUAUCGAUGUUGUUGGUUUUUCAUGGUAUUGUUCUCUGCAGUCCGUGUGGUGUGAAAUAGCUCGUCCACAAGUUCAUGGUUAUGAUAUGCAAUGUUUGAGCAUGCUCAGUAGGUACAGACUGGCUUCUGGUGCAGAUGAAAAGGUAAGUGUACAUGUAUUAAAGAUGGCUGCAUUGAUUUUGUUCUUUGAAUUGUUUGCACUUUUCCUUUCGCCAUUAGCGAGUCUGGUUUUGGUUCAGUUGGAAUCAAACUGAAAAACAACCAUUCUAAAACUUAAAAACAUGUUACGUCUGUUUCUUUAAUACUAAUAACGUUUCAAUAAAGCGUGAAUUCAUUUUGCCACUCCCCUCAUUAAAUUAUACAUCUGACUCUUUAACUACAGGCACCUUAGUUAAUUUCCAUCACCUUUUUUUAAAUCUUUAAUCCCCAUUCCCCGAAAAAAGGUCAAAUAUUAAUGUUGUGGUUCAAUUUAUCCUUGGUUUAAAUUAUAUUUCCGCUUGUUUCAAACUCUUUAAAUCAUGAAUUGCAAGUACUAUACUCAAAAGCAGAAAGAAUGGGCGUAAAAUCAAGGAUAAAGAUUCAUUGUCUCAAUUUUUGUUUUUUACAAUGGUGUAACUGAAUGUGUAUAGUUUGGGCUCAUUGCAGGUAUUAAGAAUAUUCACCGCUCCUCGCCAGUUUAUGGAGACGUUUCAAGGACUUUGUAAAGUUCAAGAAAAUAGCAAGGCAUGUUCUGGUCCAUUGUCAUAUUUUUAGACUUUCUCAAAGUCCUUUGCUUCUCAUUUCCGGUUCCGGUAGUUGGCCCCAGCGCGAAGCUCGCUCUCUCGCUCGUUUUUUCCGCAGAAAACAUAAAAAAUCUACCGCUCGCGCUUCGCGCUCGUAAAGAAAUCGAGAUCAACUUGUAGGCAAGUCUAUCAUAUCUCCUACAUCCCACCUGGCGGGCAAUGAGGUCGAGUGUUUAGCGCACGCGUGGGACUUGCACUGCAAUUCUUGCAAUCAUGAUCUGUCGAUACCCAACCUCGUCCAACCUCGUCCGAGGUUUGUCGAUACCGAGUUCGUCCGACCGUUGGUUGGUCGAGUCGAGUUAAGUUGGGGCAGUCCCAGAUGGGGUUUUUAAACAUUUUGGACGGGAUUCAAGGAACCCAAAAAUAGAUGGCAAAUUGAUGAAAUUCGCUUUGCUUUGAUAAAAAGAAAUCAAUAAUUAAUUAGAUAGCCGUCGCAGAUUGUGAUACUUAUGUUCUUAAGAGCUGACCUCUCAUUCAAGAAAUAGAUUCGAUGAAGUUGGCUAAACAAGAGAUUAAAAUCCAAUUUUGCUCCAUGCAGAUUCAGAACAGUUUACCUAUUGGAGCCAGUGUGCCUGCUCUUGGACUUUCAAACAAAGCUGUUUUUGACGGUGAGUAUUAUCUUACAUCUUAGUUGUUAAGGGUUUCCACCGGGUACUGUGGUUUUUUCUUCUUCUUAAAAAGCAAUUCUUUCAAGUUACAACUCGAUCUUGAAUGGGCCUUUUAAUAGCUCUUUAAUGUUGGUAAAGAAAGAUAAUUUACUUUACUUUUUUGCUGUUACAACUCUUUUUGUAGGUGACUUGGAUAGCUUGAGAAGAGACCUUGAAGACCCAGCCAGACCGAUGAAGUCUUCAGCUUUUGCGAGUGAAGAACCUGCCCCCUUUACACCUGUCUCAUUAAAAGGUUUGGCCAGAGUUCCUGUGGCGUGAAGCAUGUAGUAGUGGCGAUACUCACCCAGAAGGGAUAUGAGGCCGUCGAGCUUUGGGGGCUGAAGCAACCACGAGUUGAAUUUUUUAAGGAUUGUGUCCAAGUUCAUUUAAGGAUAAAAAGCAACGCUAUUAAAACAUGACGUUUCGGCGACGUCACCAUUAUCAAAUGCAAAUAAAAGAUACUAUGAGACGAUAUAGGAAACGAUGGUGUGAAACACAACAUGAAAUUUGAAGAACAAAAGAAUGAAAUAGUGAAGUGUAAAUUUUUUUGGAAUGGAAUCGGUUGAGUGUUUAGGGUCAGCCUCUUUUCCUUAAUUAACAACAUCUCAUAAAUGAGGCACUCAAACUUUCUUCGGCAUUUCUUAAGGAUCUUAAAACAUUCUCGGAGAUUAGUUGGCUCUUUUCGGUGUUUUUCUUUGAGGUUUUUGCCAAUUACGGUGUCCAAAUUCAAAAGGAGAAAGUUAACAAGUUACAAGCACUUACGUACAUUCUCGUUAAAGUUGUUUUAGCAGCCAUCGAAGUCAGAGGCCUUUUUGAGGUUUCUAAAUUUAAUACUUUGGAGAUGAGGUAAUUUUUACUGAUACUUAUUUUCUUGAUCGUCAAACAGAACCCCCUACUGAAGACAUAUUGCAACAGAACACUCUAUGGCCUGAAGUGCAAAAACUGUGAGUUAAAAUUCUGUUUUUGUACAAUAAUCUUUAGGAUAAGGAAUAUGCCAACAAAUCGAUGAACAGCAACAACAACGGCAACAUUAUCGCUUACUUAUAUAACUUUAACGAGGGAAUUUUUAUCCAAGUGUAUUGUUCCUUUGUUGCUCCUUAAGUAAUAUGCCACUUCCGAGAUCCAAAAACCCUCACUUUCAAAAUAGGGCUAGGUGCACAACCUUUCUUGUGAAAAUGAGUUUUAUUUGCACGAGGAUGAAAAAUGAUUUCCAUAUCAUAGCACCUACAUAUCUGAGCACCUACCCUCGUUUUGAAACCGAGGUCUGGGGGAACUCGGAAAUGGCCUGUUGGAAUAGCGUUGUUGGCAUUAAAGUUGCGAUUUCAUGUACAUGUAGUUUUUUUUCCCUUUUCGGCUGUACAGAUAUGGCCACGGGUACGAAAUAUUUUGUGUUGCGUCAAGUCCGGAUGGCAAAUUACUAGCUUCUGCUUGUAAGGUUUGUAGUUGUCCUUCUUUUUCUCCGCAACUGACAUUGGUUUGAACAGUGAAAGCAGCAUCUUGCUUAAACAUUUAUUAGCAGUAAAGUUAUCAAGUAAUUUUCCACGCUACAUGUAGGCAUCGAUUGCUUGUAUGGCAACGUGCUCGAUACCUUUUGUGUGUUUUCACGCGCUUGCUUCUGGUUCCAUGCGUUUGUAUCAUUUCUGCUUCAAAUUUCGGAUUGUUUUAUCGGGACCGGUUGCCUCUGGUAGUGUGUAAAUCCUUAAUUCUUGACAUGAUUCAAUCAAUCAAAUUCAACAGCACGAUGAAUUAAAAAGUGUUUCUAUUUUCUCUCUCUAGGCAUCAAAACCGGAACACGCAGCGUUAAUAUUAUGGGAUACAGCAACUUGGAGGCAGCUAUGUUCACUUUCCUCUCACACACUCACAGUUACACAGAUAGCUUUCGAUCACAGCGGUCAUAGGCUACUCUCUGUAUCACGUGAUCGAUGUUGGUCUGUUUUCAAAAGAAAGGAUGAAUCUGAGGAAGGUCUGUAAUCGCUUUUAAUCAGUUUGAUACAUGUUUAGGGGAAAGUAAGAUUUAAAUUUCAAGUGACAAAUUUGACAAGGACUCAAGUGUAUUUGUCUGUUAUAGGCAACAUUUAUAUUAGUUAGAAUAAUUAAAGAAAGGGCAGUCCAAAUAACGCUUGCUGUAUAGAAAGAACAUGGCAACAGCAUACUCACCUCUAUGUAAAGAUCUCGUCUUCAAAAUAUUUGCCUCUUCCUUGGAAGUUUCAGGAUAUGAUGGGAAGUUUAUUAUUGCGGACAAUUUUCAUGUUAUAGUUGUCAUCUGCUGUUGCUAUGGCGGCUUUGAAGCGGUAGUAGGGCUUUUUCAUGCAUGUUUUGCGCUUGGAGAUAUUUUUUACCGAUCAAACAAAAAUAUUUGGCUAAGGUUUCCGUUUGAUAAUGCAGAAUCAAGCAAGUGGAGGAGGGUCGGCCUUGGUGGAUAACACUGUCCUCAAUUAGCCUUGUACUAUAGGCUCCUUGGUUUGGAAAAAGGCGAAAAAAAAGGGCGUGAAGGAGGUGGCGAGCGACGGAUACCGAGCCAAAUCCAAUAAUUGCUAAAUAUAGACAUAACGAUCUAUUAUUUUCCAGGACCCCUUUUUAGAUUAGUCGCGCGGAGUGACAAAAAGAACCAGCAUGCGAGAAUAAUCUGGUCAUGUGCCUGGAGUUCAGAUGGCAAAUACUUUGCUACUGCGUCAAGAGACAAAAAGGUAACCCUGAAAUUUCGAGAUGGUCUUUCUAUCUACCAUUCUGACAAGUGAGUAGGUUAUGACAUCAGCCUUCGCUGUACUGAUUUGGUUUUUUGUAUUGAUUAGGUUAUUCUAUGGGGCGAUGUUAACCUUCCCCAGGACAACUGGCAAGCUGUUUCCAGUUCUUUAGACGUGAGCGAACCGGCCACCGCAGUGGAUAUUUCGCCUGUAGUUACCAGUAACUGUAGGUAAGUCUUAAACAUCUAUGAGAUGAGGAAUGGAGAAGAAUUCAUAAUUAUGUUGUUGUUGUUGUUGUCUUAUUUUUCUUUUCAUCGGUAAACAAAGACACCCGUAGAAAAGCUAUGCUGUUUGAAUCCUAGCGUGCUUAAAUUUUACUCUUCAGAUGUCUUUUAUUUUGCUGAUUUUUUUGCUAGUUGCCCUAAUUAAUGUACUAAUUGAAUGCUAAGCGAGAGGUCAGUCGAACAAAAUGGCGUCCCUAAUUUUUGUGUGGAUUUUGAUGACUUGUAUGUCGUAUUCUUUACGCUAGAUAUACUGUUGCUGUUGGUACCGAGUCUGGUCGUAUCGCUCUUUACUCUUGGUAUCUAAAUGACGAUGGCAGUCAGUCUGGAGGCUGGAAUCUGCUGCAUGCUUUCGACCAAUCGUAUCCUCUACAUGUAUACAUUGUAGAAAAUAGCAGCAACUUUGCGAUUCUAUACAUCUCGUUUUUGCAGGAUUCUUAAACAAUUAAAGUGAAAUUGUGGAUUCGGGAUUCGGUACUUUAAGCACAAUUAGCUUAGGUUUCUGUUUCCGGUAACUACUAUAAGAGCGUCGCAUCCCACCUCUCCCCGGUCCAUUCCCCGGUCCCCUCCCUCUCUCCCUCUUCCUCGCCCAGCCCUGAGUUGGAUGCAGGUCCAUCGCUGUGUCCUCUGACACUAUUUCACCCGCAUCAGUUAGCCUACUGUGGAUGGAUGUUCCUUGUCAGAACAACCCACAAAGACAAUAGGCCAGAUUCGAAGUUUUAAAAUUCAUACCUGGCUCCGAAGCUGUGAGGUAAAAUACAAUUCAAAAUCGCAUUGAGUUUCAGGGCUUAGUAAUUCAUUUCUAUUGUUUUAUUCCCCAGGAAGAAUUUUGAUAAAUCGAUUCUGGCCUAACCCUGAAAUAACUCGGAAAUAGCAACAUUAUGAAGUACUACGCUGGUACCGCUGUGUCAAUCUCGCUCCGCCUGUUGCAGGCCUAGCCUUUAUUUUAGUUGUCAACAUGAUUGUUUUCCUUACAUCAAGUGGCUUAUAAUGUACAGGAUUUGUCACGUGCUCACAGUACGUCGGUUGCGAUGGAGAAGAACUAGUGAAUAUGAAGAUAACUCUUGUUUACAGUUGGCAAGUUGCAGCUUGGAUCACAGCGUUCGGAUAUACAAUAUCGACAUUACUAGUUGACGAACUGUGGUCAUGGAACUGUCUACGUGCAAUUCCCCAGUUCAGGCUUGCUCUAGGGAGAAUGGGCGCAAGUUUUGGGUUUAAUGAUUUUUGGGAUCGAAUGGGUGAACAAACUUUAGUUAUGAUUGGUUGAUGGAUGGUUUUCAAGGCAACCCUUUAACCAAUCAUAAGUUACCCUUCUCCACCCAAACGAUCCCAGAAAUCGUUGCGCCGAAAGCUUUAACCCGAAUGGGAAAUACUAAGAACGCUUGUCUUCCAUACACAAACAAGAUCUGGGCUCACACCGUUAGAAAACGCUGAAAAAUUGUAGGGUCUUUUAACUAUACAUCAACAUCUGAUUAUCGCCACGGGACAUUCAUUCAUUCGAGCGGCGCUUUUACCCUUCACUCUGCGAAAAGCGAUCUGAAUAACACUUUCCGUCCGUUCCUAGUAAGUUAUCCUGCAGAAUUCAGAUUACGCCUUUACAGUCUCUGUGUUGAUUGGAUAGAAGAGCAACAAACUUGAGUCCAGUGAAAAGUACGGUGUCUUCUGGUUCAGUGUCAAUUCAGCAUGCUAAGGGCAGAUGUGGCCUGGAA